UUUCUCCAUCUUUCACAUUGAUCUUCCCCCUUCUCCGUUCACCCCGCCGCCGUCUAACGCCGCCGUCACUAGUCAAAAACCACCUCUUUUUUAUUUUCUCUCUUUUCUGCAUCAAUGGCGUUAAUGGGAAAAUGACCAUUUUGCCAUUUCCUUAAUCUCCUUGUUUUCAGCAUAUUAUAAAGUUUCCUACUUUCCCCAAAACUCUAUUUAUUUUAUAUUACCAUAAAGACUCAAUUUUUAUUACUUACCAAAACUUUUUUUUUUCUCUAACUUCAAGAAUAUUCUUUUGGUUUCAUUUUUAAAGCUAUUUUCAGGUCUUUCUUCAAAACCCCACAUCCAUUUUUUUUGUGUUUAUACAACACAUCUUCUGUAUAGAUACAUGUAAAAUACAAUCUGGGUGUUGUGAAUUUUGUUUGAAUUUUCAAAUGUGGAUUGAUCUUUAGUUCAAUUGGAAAAAUUGGGGAGUGGAUCAAAAUGCGUGUAAGGGAAAUGCAUCCACUCUGUUGUAUAACAUUAGAGACACCGGAGAUCGGAGACCAGUCGCCAGAGCCGACGUUGUUACGGACUGGCUCUGCUGUUGUUUACUCUGGAUCUGACAUCAAUGCUGGAGGAUCCGAUGUUGGUGGAGUCGCCGGAAUCUUGUACAAGUGGACUAAUUAUCAUAAAGGGUGGAGAUCCCGGUGGUUUACUCUCCGGAACGGGAUACUUUCUUAUUCGAAGAAUCGCCAGCCAGACCAUCUAGCCGGAGAUGACAUUAAGCUAAUCGGGAAACUCCCCGACAGUAACCCCAGUCGCCGGAAACAUGGGAAAUCCGUCGGCAUUGUUCAUGUUAAGGUGUCAUCAUUCCGUGAGAGCAGGUCUGAUAACAGGCGAUUCUACAUAUUUACAUCUACCAAGUCUCUUCAUUUGAGGACACAUUCGAAGAAAGAACGGGCUGCAUGGAUAGAAGCUUUGAUAUCAACAAGAAAUCUUUUUCAGUUGAGACAGUUGAAUGAUAAUCUCAAUCUUUUGCAAAAUGAUGUAUCUAUAUCUACGGAAAGAUUGAAAAACCGGUUGCUUGAAGAGGGCAUUGGUGAGGGACUUGUCCAGGACUGUGAGAAGAUCAUGCUAUCAGAGUUUUCAGAAAUAAAAGGACAACUUAAAAGUCUUUGUGAGGAGCGCUCCAAUUUGCUGGACACGUUGAGACAGUUGGAGGCAGCUAAUAUCGAAGGUGAAGCUUCCGGGGUUCAUGAUGGUGAAUUCCAACUGAUGAAGCGAUUCUCCAGUUUAGGACGUGGCAAGUAUAGUGAAUAUAGUACAACUGAAUCGUCUGAUGAUAUUGAGAAACAAGAGCUUGAUGAAGCGUCAGAUGAAGAGGAAGCCAACUAUCUUGACGCAAAUGAAUGCUUUUCUGAACAUCAUACAUCUGGUGGGUCAGUAGUUGGGGACAACAUGGAAAACAAUACCAUUGAUGCAUCUGCUCAAGCACAGGUUGUACGCAGAACGAAGCUUCCAGAUCCAGUUGAAAAAGAGAAAGGGGUUAGUCUUUGGGCUAUGAUCAAAGAUAAUGUCGGGAAAGAUCUAACAAGAGUUUGCCUGCCAGUGUAUUUCAACGAGCCAAUUUCCUCCCUACAAAAGUGCUUUGAAGAUUUAGAGUACUCAUAUCUUUUAGACAGAGCAUAUGAACAUGGAAAAUCGGGGAACAGUCUUUUAAGAAUUUUAAACGUUGCUGCUUUUGCUGUGUCUGGUUAUGCUUCAACUGAAGGCCGGAAUUGUAAACCUUUCAAUCCUUUGCUGGGAGAAACCUAUGAAGCUGAUUUUCCUGAAAAAGGAAUCCGCUUUUUCUCGGAGAAGGUUAGUCACCACCCAACACUUAUUGCCUGUCACUGUGAAGGUAGAGGAUGGAAAUUCUGGGCUGACAGUAAUCUUAAGUCAAAAUUUUGGGGGAGAUCAAUUCAAGUCGAUCCUGUUGGAACACUUACCUUAGAAUUCGACGAUGGGGAGAUCUUCCAGUGGAGCAAGGUCACGACAAGUAUCUACAAUCUUAUUCUUGGUAAGAUAUAUUGUGAUCAUCAUGGGACAAUGCAUAUACGUGGCAAUCGUCAGUACUCAUGCAAGCUCAAGUACAAAGAGCCAUCCAUUAUCGAGCGUAAUCCUCAUCAGGUUCAUGGAUUUGUUGAAGAUGUCUUUGGGAAGAAAGUUACUACAUUAUUCGGAAAGUGGAACGAGAGCAUGUACUAUAUCAAUGGAGAAUGGGCCAGCAAGCCUAAGGAUUCAUCUGUUUUAUCUUUAUUGUGGACAAGGAAUAAUCCACCCCCAAAUCUCACUCGAUACAACUUGUCUUCUUUUGCUAUUACACUGAAUGAGUUGACACCAGGACUUAAGAUGCUCCCACCUACAGAUUCAAGACUCAGACCUGAUCAGCGACAUCUGGAGAAUGGGGAAUACGACAAGGCAAAUGCAGAGAAGUUGCGGUUAGAGACACGGCAGAGAAUGUCCAGGAAAUUACAAGAGAAUGGCUGGAAACCUCGAUGGUUUCAAAGAGAAGGUGAAGAUGGGACUUUCCGGUAUAUGGGUGGCUACUGGGAGGCAAGGGAGACGGCUACUUGGGAUGGCUGCCCAAAUAUUUUUGGCGAGAUUGAUCAAGAUCUCCUCAACUCCUUUGAAGGAUCCUGAUGUUUUAGAAGGUAUAUAAGGGAUAUCAAAAGGCAAUGUGGUACAUUUUUCAUGGACCUGAAGAUUUGUAGAUUAAAGACAACACCUUGAGCAGAGUAUUAUCGGAAAAUUCUAUAGACGGAUGGAGUAUGUGGUCAGUCCGCGACAGCCCAAAUUUUUUAGUUGUUUAAAGUUUGUUCUCAGAGGUUGAUAAAAGUCAAUCCUGAAGGCUUUUUUCAGCAUAUAGAGACAAUCUUGCAAAGAGUCAACGAAUUGAUGAACGAUGGAAGCAAAAAACUAGAGGAGGUUCCUUACUAGAUCUAUGCAUCAAGCUGCUUUGAUCAGGCUUCUAUUUUGUGUUGAAAUUGAUCCCAUUUUCAUUAUGCUUUCAUUUUCUUUGGCUAGGGAUUAGUUUAGGUUGUUAUUAUUAUUAUUAUUAUUUGUACUCUUUAUGUUGAAAAUAAAAAAUAGCAAGAAAAAAAUGUGGAUGUAUUAAAGAAGUAAACUGAGCACAAAUAGCUUUUGUAAAAACCUAAUGUAGAUUAGUGCUACACAUGUGGAGAUAUACACAAAAGAACUAGCUUCCUGGA